AUGGCCGACACCACCGAUCAUGAGCUCGCUGCCGUGAACAGAGGUGCCGAUAUCGACGACGACACAAGUCUUGUAGACUUGCAGAGUCUUCCACCAGCCGACCGCGGCAAGGGUGCCUGGUUCACACUUGCGGCAUGUUUCUUCCUUGAAGCCACUGUCUGGGGGUUCAUACAUUCCUACGGUGUUAUGGAGGUCUACUACCGCCAGCACGAGCCUUUCAGGAGCCAGCACGAGGGUCUUGCCGCCGUAGCCACCACCGCCAUGGCAAUCAUGCUCAUCGGCUCACCAUUUAUCUCCCUCAUUCAUCAACGGUUUCCAAGCCUCAGGCGCAUUGGGGGCUGUGUUGGGCUGGCCAUCAUGUUUUCCGGGCUGCUUAUCGCGGCUUCGACCGACUCCCCAAUGGUCCUACUGUGGACUCAGGGCGUCAUGUAUGGCGUCGGCGCUUUGUUGGUGUACUUUCCGGCGAUGUUCUUAAUCGAUGAAUGGUUUGUGGAGCGCAAAGGCUUUGCGUUUGGGAUCUCUUGGGCAGGCACGGGCAUCGGUGGUGCAACUACGCCGUUCCUGUUACAGUGGCUGCUGCAUACUCAGGGUCACAGGACCACGCUGAGGAUCUGUGCGGGAAUCAUCGCCGGCGUUGCGCUGCCUUGCGUCCUCUUCAUGAAGCCCCGGCUUCCGGUUCGAGGGCCACGACGAUUCCGACCCAUGGACCUGGGCUUCAUCAAAAAGCGGACGUUCUGGAUGUAUCAAUGCCCUAGUAUCAUUCAGUCCUCUGUUGCGCCACUGCCCAGUCUAUGGCUGCCCUCCUUCGCAUCAUCUAUGGGCAUGUCGCCAGCUACGGGUCCGCUGUCUGUCGCUUUACUUAAUCUUGCCUCAUGCUGCGGAUAUCUGCUUCAAGGUCGACUUGUCGAUCGCUACCACGUCAGCUGGGCGAUCCUGGUGUCCACCCUCGGCUCGACCAUCGCCGUGUUCGGCUUCUGGGGCUGCGGCACCCACAAGGCGACGCUGUACAUAUUCGCCAUCCUCUUCGGACUUUUCGGAGCUGGAUACCCUGGCCAUUGGACCGGCUGUGCGGGUGACAUGAGAAGGACUUUCCCGAAUGUCAACACAGGUUUAGUGAUCUCCCUCAUGUGUGCUGGAAAAGGCGCGGGCAACAUUUUGGCCGGUCCGGUCAGCGAAAAGUUGUUGUCGAUGAAGCCGUGGCAACACAGUAGCUUCGCGUAUGGGUCAUCGUAUGGCUCGAUCAUCAUUUUCACGGGUGUAUGUAUGUUUCUGGGAGGUGCAGGUGCCAUUCCGCGCCUUGGGCACAGUCUAAGCACGGCGCUCCGGAAUGCUCCUCUGCCUCGGAUGAACUUUGCGAGAGCGUUGAGGACGUCGACAUCUGACUGA